AUGCACUAUGACGGGAGUACUCUUGACUCGAACAUGCAAGUUAACGGCACUAUCAUCGUCGAUUUUCAAGAGGCAUUGAGGGACGAAGAGCAUUUCAAGGAUUGGAGGAACAUCAUUGAACACAAUCUUACAGAAGCUCGAAUGUUUGCUACAGGCUUUGGAGAGGAUGGUGAUGAAGCUCACACUUACAUCUCGGAGCUUGGUAAUCCUCAUGACGACUCAUACGUGGACAGCAUGAGGUACCAAACAUACAUCCGGAGCCAGCUUACAGUCACCGAUGUUGGAAAGAAGAGUACUGCUGCAUCCAUCGCAAGAAUGGCUGGCGUUCCCCUGCUUCACGUUUCUACAGAACUGCUCUUGGACGACAUUCGAGGUGACUCCACCACAAAGCUUGAGGAAUCCUUCACCUGGGCAAAGCGCUGGGGCUGUAUUGUGAUGCUCAACCAAGCCGAUGCCAUCCUGCAGGGAGAUCCGGACUAUGGCAAUGAAUACAUGUGGGAAUUCGCCCCCCAAAGUGUCCUCCGCAGGGCUGUGGUACGAAUGCUUGACACAUUCACUGGCAUCACGUUUCUCGUUGCCGAUCGUGCACCAUUUCUACGUCUGGAACCCUUGGGAUCGUCGGCUCUCGAAAUUCUGUCGCGGAUCAAUGCCAGCUUGCACUACCCACCCCUCGAUAAAGUUCAGACUGCUAAGAUUUUCGAGAUCAAUAUGCGGUGGAUAAGUGAUGUGUUCUCGAAGCAGCAUCGGGACAGUGCGAGGACCGCUACCCUGGUAGUCGAUGAAGACAUACUUGAAUUCGCCAAUGCAUUCUACAAGCAGCGCGGUCCGAGAGAUCGUUGGAACUGCACGCAAAUUCGAAAAGCAUUCAGGACUGCGUUGGCGCUGGCUCAGGCAGAUGCUGAGUUGUCCCAUGAGGCUCAAUGGGACAAUGAAUCUCACGAACCUUGGAGGGUCACUUUGAAAGCAUCGCACUUCGAGGUCGUUGCUAGGAGCAUGGCCAAGAGCGGAAUAGCAGCGCCACCGCCGCCGCCACCACUCAACUAUGGCCAGCCAGCAGGGAGGACAAAAUCAUCGAAACACGGCGCCGUCCCACCGCCCCCAAUGGGGCAGCGUGUACCACCACCACCGGGAGCAGCGGCCCAGUGGAAUCAAAGGGUUCAGCAGCCACCACCACAGCAGCAUAUUCCUCCAGGUACCUUAUUGCCAAAUAGUCGGCAGCUGCCGCCAGUUGAAUACAGGACACAAAUGCUGGCACCGCUACCGCCCAUGCCGCCGGCGCCAGUCCCGCCACCGCCUAUGCAGCCGGUAGAAGUUAUAGACGUUCCUAGGAUUGCGCCUAUGCGGCGCAAAGAAUUUUUCCUGGCGUCUCCUCUGUCUCUGGAAGCGAAACCGGAACUACUUUUUCUCGACUGGGACGCUUUCAAAGAUGCUCGCUCGAGAAGAGGCGGCUCUUGUUCAGCCAUCGACGUCCUGAAGGGGGAGCCAGUGGUUUCGUUUGACCAGGAAGCUCAGGAUAGCGUCUGGUGGUCCCGAUGGGGCGACCGCAACCGAGAGGACGAGCCCAGGGCCAAAGGGGACGCGAGCGCCGCGAUUCCCUUCAAAGGGACAGAUCCGGCUAAUUCUCAGUCCUCACCGCUGCCAGAACGUAUCCGAAUCCAUUCCAAGUACAUCACCGCGAUUCUCGAAGAAAUACACGGCUCCAAGAUCAGCAGGACCUCGUUCGCAAUGGUCAGGCCGUUCAGGGCAUUGACUUAUUAUGAAGACAAAAUCCGAGCCAAGUACAAUGAGCUUGCCAUUAAAUCCGAGACCACAGUCGGUGGGCCCGAAGUUGAAGCAGCGGCUGCUGAUCCCGGCUCUGCAGAGCAGCCUGGUCAUAUCGCCACUGAUGUGCAGCCGGGUCAUCCUAGCGUUAAUGCAGAUGAUGCACCUCCUCUGAAGCAAAAGGUCAGGCCACCAAAAUCCGACUCCUAUUGGACAUCCUCAUUAUCUGAUGAUGGAGAGACGAUCGACACUUCAUCCAAUACCGCUUUCCAGCAUCUAGGUUGCCUUGUGGAGUUCAUCGACAUGGUUCGGGCAAGGGGUCAGUACCUACUGAGCGGCAGCUGCAGCAAGGUGACCUUCGCGGACGUGUGGCAUCUCUUCAAGCCCGGAGAUGAGGUUCUCGACCAGGAGAAACGACAGGCCUACAGGAUACUGAGCGUCAACACUUCCGGCCACCGAACGUUACCUCCCUGGAAAGACCUUGAUUCCGAGCAGCCCAAGGGUCAGGAGCCGACCAUGACACUUCAUGCUGUUCAUAUCACGUUUGAUGGUGAGAUGCUGGGUUCAAUAAGGACGACGUUCGACAUCGCGAGCUUCGAGGGAGAGGCGGAAAUCACCUCGCUGCCUGUCUUGCCACUGAGACUAGUCAAGGAUGCAGAUUCUGAGGCGCCAAAAGAUGCAACAGCAUUCCGCCAAGAUCUGGUUGACAGGGGAAGGAUGUUUGUCAAAAUGGCAAGAUCCACGCCGAUGCACUACAACGGCCCUCUGCUCUACCCGAGAGAAGAAGUCGACAGCCAGGUCGUUGUAGAUUUCGAGCAAGCCUUUGCCUUUUGGGGCCAUUCCCCGCACUUCAGGAGGCCCUUCGUCGAAAGGCUGAUUGGCAAGCAAAUCGGACGGCCUCACCUCCACAUACAAUGUCUGGCAAGCUGCUGCGCUGGGGAGAACAUCCAUCACGACGCCUACGCUGAGCAGAAAUGGAACGAGGCCUACAUUGGAACUCUCAUUCCUGACCCACAAGACCGAACGCAGAAACCGUCUCUUGCUAUCUUUCCACGGGCCAUCCGUGACAAGACAUUUGACGAGGCUGAACUGUCUGAUGAGGACCUUGUCAUCAUGUCGUACAAGGUCUGCGGUUUUGUUCUUCGCAACCGCAAAUGGGCGCAGAUGGACUUGAAACACCUCACCCCGCUCAACCCUGGGGGCAAAACUCGACAUGUUGGCGAUAAUGUCCUUGCAGCUGGGAAUGCGGCAAGCCAUAAGAACAUUGUCAAAUCCCUCAUCUCUCAACACUUCCAAGACAAGGCCAUAGGGAGGUACGAGGCUGAGGAGAAGGAUGUGGUACGAGGAAAAGGCAAGGGUUUGAUCAUACUCCUCCAUGGUGCUCCAGGAGUCGGCAAGACGAGUACUGCAGAGGGCGUGGCAGAGGCUUUCAACAAGCCACUUUUUCAAAUCACUUCCGGUGACCUUGGCACCAACGCAAGAGAGCUCGAAGAUGCCCUUGAAUGGCAUUUUUACCUUGCCCACAAAUGGGAUUGUGUCCUCCUCCUCGAUGAGGCCGAUGUCUUCCUGUCAGUGCGCUCGCCGGAGGACUUCCAGCGCAAUAGCCUGGUGGCAGUGUUCUUGAGAGUUCUGGAAUAUUAUGCCGGCGUGCUAUUCCUUACCACCAAUCGCAUCGGGGAUUUCGAUGAAGCCUUUUCAUCGCGCAUCCAUAUCAGCCUGUAUUAUCCCCCGCUGAAGCGCAGUUCGACCAGAAAGAUCUUCGACUUGAAUCUUCGUAACAUCCAGCAACGCAUCGAAGAAAGAGGGGUUGAGAUUGAAGUCGAACAUGACCAGAUUCUCAGCUGGGCUGUUGACUAUUGGAGGAGAAACAAGAAAAUGAGAUGGAACGGACGGCAGAUCCGGAACGCCUGCCAGACCGCGCUUGCGUUGGCUGAGUACGACGCACAGCAUCCGGCAGGGAGCACCACAGAUGAAGCAGCUGGCCAGGAAGAAGGCACUGUUGAGAAAGCCGCCAAGAUAAAGCUCACCAUCGGUCACCUCGAGACGGUCGCGAAGGCCUACCUCGAGUUUAUGCGGUACCUUCACGAGAUCUACGGAAAGGAUGCCGAGAGACGAGCCAAAGCCAUGGGAAUCAGGGCGCGGGAAUUCUCCUUGAAGAACUGGGCCGCCCCUCAAGAGCCACCGCCACAAGAAGAUGAGGACGAUGAGGAGUCUGAAGACGAGACAACCGGGGCCGAAGCUGCACAGAAAAACAAAACCGUCCCACAGCAGGAAUCCGACCGGGCCUCGGAAAAGGGCAAAUCUGCGGCAGCGGCUCCAGCUCCCAGUCUGGCACCCCAGAACACUCCCUUCCCGGCGGCCCCAUUUCCGUACCCGCCCUUCCCCAUGCCGAACAUGCAUAAUCCUUAUGCGGUCCCGGCCCCCUUUGGGCAGGCGCAACAGCCGCAAGCCACGCCUUACCAGCAGACUGCCGAUCAACAGCGCCAGUUCUUCGCCAGCAUGGCCGCUUGGAACAACAUGAUGCCUGGGGGUCAGCCGGUUCCCUUUCCCGGCAUGGCAGGCACGCCUGCGCAGGCUCAGGGAGGGGCGCCGCCGCAGGGCGGGUCGCCGAUGCAGGGUGGCACGGCGUUUCCACCAGGAUCUGGGGCUGGAAACGUUUAG